GAUCAAUUGGUCGAGUUAUUUUGAGAGGGUCACGUUGAAAAUCGAAACAUUUGUUUUUCGUGGAAAAUUUUUGGGUUUAUUAAAACCUUUGGGAGUUGCGAUUUUUGAUUAAAGUGUAAUUAUUCAAUUAAUAAAUGAGAGUUUUAGUUGUAAAUUUGAGAAUUUCUUUGGGGGCAAUUGUCAGGGGGUGGUGAUCAGUUUUUGGGGUCGAUCGUAUGGAUUUUCCACGGGCCUGCGCCAAUGGUUCACCAGUUUCACUGAAUUUUCCAGAUGCACUUGCCAAAUUAUUCGUCCUCGUAUCAGUUAUCUAUCAGACUCUGUAAUCCUACGGUUUAUUUCCACUGAUUCAUUAUUUUCCUCGUAAACUCAGCUGACUCAACCGAUUUAACACAUAUCGUUGGCAAUUCCAGUUGAGUUUGCGCGUGUCGUUUCAGUAUCGUUCGUCAAACCGAGGGAUUCAGAUGCUCUGGAGCAGCUCGUCCAUUGAUUCUUCAUCUUCGAUUAUCGUUUUUCGUCGAGGCCUUCGGCUUUUGGGUGAAUUUUUCCACGGGUUUCAGACGACUCACGGGAGGAUUUCAGCACCAGGGGAACAUCUACGACGCAGUCAAACUUCCUUGACACGUACAAUUGUCCAGUGACUCUCAAGUGGAAUUAUCAGGGGCUCUCACACUCACCAGAAUCAGCUGAUAUCAGUGUUGAGAUAAUAUGGAGAGUCCAGUGGUGAAUGGAACUCCAAAACCUAAUGGAAAUCAAUUGUUUUACGAAUUGGAGCAUGAGAAUGACGGGGACAGCUCGAAUAAUCCUGGGCAAACAGAUCAACGUGAUCGAAGUGAGAGCCCAGUUUUUGAUGGAGCAAAUGGAGCUGCUGGGAAUUCAAUGCGAAUGGCACCAUCAGAAUUGCCGAAUGAGAUAUCAGCACCUUACGAGGUCCCCCAGUUUCCCAUAGAGCAAAUUGAGAAGAAACUACUGAUUCAGCGUCAACUCACCGUUAAAGCUGCAAAAGACCUCGAGGAACGCAGAAGUCAUUAUGAGCCAUCACUGGGUCCAGAUGAGAUCGAGCAUCCCUUCAAUCUCGAAGAGAGUGACUUUGUCCCACAUUUCCAGAGGGUCUCGAUAUCUGGAGAGGAUACAUCAGGGGUGCCCUUGGAGGAUCUCCAGAGAGCCUCGCAGAUGCUUGUCCAGGCUCUGGAUAUCCGAGAGAAAUACAUGAACAACUCGAGACAGACAUUUCCAUCAAUAGCUGCGAGAUUUCUCAGAAGUGUCGAUAAACGUCCCAUGAAUGUCGAGGACGAGGUACAGCACGACGAUCGAAUGGCGAUAGCAGAUCACCCGGUGCAUGCGCCAGCAUCGCGAGACCCUUGGGCCUCUGACAUACCCCCAGCGAAGAAUUACAAAAUAGCACCAGUGAAUGGAGUAUUCAACGUGUUUGCCUCUGAAGAGGAUCACCAGAAUGGCAAACCCAUUCCCUAUGCAUACCCUGACCUUGCGACCUUCGUCAGGGACAUGAAUCUCCUUUGUUCCAUGAUAGCUGACGGCCCCCUCAAGUCCUUCUGCUACCGUCGAUUGAGUUACCUGUCAUCCAAAUUUCAACUCCACGUGUUGCUGAAUGAAUUGAGAGAACUAGCCAGCCAGAAAGCUGUCCCUCACAGAGACUUCUACAAUAUCAGAAAGGUCGACACUCACAUCCACGCCGCCUCUUGCAUGAACCAGAAACACCUCUUGAGAUUCAUAAAGAAGACCCUGAAGAACCACGCAGACGAAGUGGUAACUUGCUCGAAGAGUGGAGAGAUGAUGACCCUCAGACAAGUGUUCCAGUCCAUGAAUCUGACAACUUACGAUCUCAGCGUUGACAUGCUCGACGUUCAUGCAGAUAGGAACACGUUCCACAGAUUCGACAAAUUCAACGCGAAAUACAAUCCAAUCGGUGAAUCACGACUGCGCGAGGUCUUCCUGAAGACAGAUAAUUACCUAGAAGGCAAGUACUUUGCUCGUAUAAUAAACGAGGUAUCGUCAGACCUUGAGGAGUCCAAAUACCAGAACGCAGAGUUGCGUCUGUCAAUCUACGGAAAAAGUGCAGACGAAUGGGACAAAUUGGCGCGUUGGGCGAUUAAUGGAAAUGUUUACUCCGACAACGUUCGCUGGUUGAUUCAGAUCCCCAGGCUCUACGACAUCUUCAAGCUAAACAAACUGAUGACAAAUUUCCAGGAGAUCCUCAACAAUAUUUUCCUUCCCCUCUUCGAAGUGACAAACGAUCCCAGCACCCACCCAGAGCUCCACAAGUUCCUGCCGUACCUCAUUGGUUUCGAUUCAGUGGAUGACGAGAGCAAACCAGAGAAUCCACUCUUCGAUAAAGAUGUGGCACCACCUGAGGCCUGGAAUGACGUGGAGAAUCCACCCUAUGGAUAUUACCAGUACUAUACGUACGCUAAUAUGACCGUUUUGAAUCACUUCAGAGCUGAGCAGGGGCUCAAUACUUUCGUCCUUCGUCCCCACUGUGGAGAAGCUGGACCAAUUCAGCAUCUUGUCUGUGGGUUUAUGAUGGCGGAGAAUAUUUCUCAUGGUCUUCUCCUCAGGAAGGUCCCUGUUCUCCAGUAUCUUUAUUACCUCGCCCAGAUUGGCAUCGCCAUGUCUCCACUCAGCAACAAUUCACUCUUCCUAAAUUACCACAGAAAUCCCCUGCCUGAGUACCUGGCCAGGGGACUCUGCAUCAGUCUCUCAACCGAUGAUCCUCUACAGUUUCAUUUCACCAAGGAACCUCUCAUGGAGGAGUACAGCAUUGCCGCACAAGUUUGGAAAUUGAGUUCCUGUGACAUGUGCGAACUAGCAAGAAAUUCAGUGCUGAUGAGUGGCUUUCCACACAAGAGCAAGCAGUACUGGCUGGGCCCUAAUUACACGAAAGAAGGAGUUGCAGGAAACGAUAUCACCCGGACUAAUGUCCCAGACAUCCGGGUAUCAUAUCGCUACGAGACUCUUCUAGAUGAGCUAUCCAACAUCUUCAAGGUUGUUGAAAAACCAGAUGUGUGUACAAACAGUGCAUAAAAUAUUUUUUACAUCUCCCCAAGUCCCUACGACUUUUCCCUUAUUUUCUAAUCCCUAUAAAAACAUCUUAUUAAACUUAUAGAACUUUAUACUCAAGAUCUCUGCAACAACGAAAGAAUACUCUUUAACAAGUUUGACACUUGUUCGUCUUACGAAUUACAAGGGCUUCUUAAACUCAAUUUUCCAUUCUCCAUUGAAGGAAGAGCUUUGUACUGAAUUUCUUGUGACUCCAAUUGAAUUACCGAGUCUUAAAUCGUGUCCUCUGUACCAUAAGAUAUAUUGUACAUAAGUUUCAGGCAGCUAUUCAUUAGUUUCGUUUGAAAUUCACUCGUAAUUAUUGUUUUUAUUAUAUUUUUGUAUGUUUAUACUGUCAAAUUGAGUUCCACUGAUUCAUUUUUAGAUGAUUGUUCCAGUUAAUUAGGAAAUUAUUUCUCAAUCUCUGUUGAGUCGUAGAUUCAAGAGUGAUUAAUAUAAUUGCAUCUGUCCCUGCUAUAAAAUGCAUG